AUGCGAGGGGCCAUGUUUCGACCGCAGCGCCAGCUCUCCAGGCUCGUUGCAGCAGGACCGAGUCCCUCCCGGCUCUCGUCGCUUGCGGAACCGAGAUGCUGCUGCUCCGGUAGCUUUGCGAGGCGGGCCUCACCACCACGGCCACUGACGACGAGAGCCUUCGCGACAGCGCCAACUCUCCAAGACAAGCAGCCCGUGGGUGCGCACGAUGCGCCAGAAGCAGCCACUGAGGCGCCAUCGGCGCCGCAACCACAGCUCCCCCCGUCCAAGACGCCGAAGCGCCGGCGGCGGGGCGUCGUCGCAGCCCUCGUUUUUCUGUUCGUUGGCACCGGCAUAGGCUCCUUGUUCCGACUCUCCGUCUCGCCGCCGCCUCUGCCAGCGCCGGGAACGAGGGAAGACGAGCUGCUGCUGCCCUCGAUCCACGACAAGGCCGCCAAGCUGCCCAUCGUCCAGCUCCUCUCGUCCGACCCGUCGUGGGAGUCAUGGAGUGCCUACGAAAGCAGGAGCGAGCGGAGCCCCAGCAUAACCUCGGGGCCCAUGUCCGGCUCUAGAGGUCUUGCCUACCAGCGCAUAUUCUACAAGCAGGAGACUGGCGAGAUGACGAGCGUCAUCUACUUUGGUGGCGCCCUCAGUGGCUUCCCCGGUGUCGUCCACGGCGGCGCGCUGGCGACAGUUCUGGACGAGACUCUCGGACGCUGUGCCAUCGUGAGGUUUCCCGCGAGGACCGGCGUCACCGCGACGCUUGAUCUUACCUAUAGGAAGCCCACCUUGACCAAUGCUUUCUAUGUGAUCAAGACCAGGCCUGUUGUGCUAGAGGCAGACGAAGUGGUUGGCAAAGAUGGGGCAAAGAAGAGCGACCGGAAACUAUGGGUUGAGGGCAACAUACAGACGUUGGACGGGAAGGUCUGCGUCGAAGCCAAGGCUCUGUUUGUGGUGCCCAAGGGGGUCAAGCCCGGCCCCAUCAGUGGUAAAUGGUGA